AUGGCGGAUAACCGAGGGAGACGGCGCCGCCAGCGACGUCGUAAGAAACCUAGCCGCCGGAAAAACAAAGGAGCAAGAGAUUCAAUAAACCGUGGAGAUUUUAUCAGCUCUUUGCCAAAUGAUAUCCUUCAACAUAUUCUCUCUUUUAUUCCCACUAGUUACGCCAUAAGAACUUCUGUCUUGUCUAAACGGUGGAGGCAUGUGUGGUACGACACACCUUCUCUGUACAUUGAAGACCGUACACCCAAUGUUCGAGGGAUAAACCAAACCUUGACUUACUACAGAGCUCCCAAAAUCGUGAGUUUUCAUCUUCAUGUGGGCCUUUAUGAUAACUAUACACAACAGAUUGAUAGCUGGAUCGAGUUUGCUAUCUCCCGCAAUGUGCAGAAUCUGUCUGUGAAAUUCUAUAGUUACAGAGAGUAUAGAUUCCCAGAUUUCUUCUAUCGUUGUUCUUCUAUAAAGCAACUCAGUGUAGAAAUUAUGUCAUACAUAGAUAUGUUUCCCAAAUGCAAAGUGUCCUGGGAAUCCCUAAGGAACUUGUCACUGCGUAAUUGUAGACUUCUUGAUGAAUCCAUUGCAAAGAUUCUAUCUGGUUGUCCAAAGCUUGAGAGCUUGACACUGCGCUACUGUCGUUUACUUGAGAGUCUUGACCUAAGUAAGUCACCGAGUCUGACAAGAUUGGAGAUACAUCGUGCAUAUGGAGGACCAAGGAAGAUUGUAGCGCCACACAUCCGUUAUUUGAGAUUGGAAGACGAUGAAGGGCCAUGUAAUUUAGUUGAUGUCUCUUCUUUGAUCGAAUCCAACCUUGACAUUCGCUUCUAUGUAGAGUUUAAUGUUCAUGAAACCAAGGUGCCAAAGAUGCUAGAAAAAUUGCAGAAUGUAGCGAGGCUUAUUGUUGGGGCAGACGUACCAAAAAUUCAGGAUGUCGAGAGGCUUAUUGCUGAGGCAAACGUACCAAUCUCCAGAUUCUCUCUCUUGCCAAGCUCCGCCGUGUUGAUUCAUAAGUGCUCGUACCCCAAUGUAAUGUCGAUCGCCAUCGUGCUCAAGGGAAGCAAUUGCUAA